CCUGCCUCAUGCCUUCUGACAUUCGCACAUAAGCCAACCGACGUAGGCAGCCCGAGAUAUCUGCUCUUUGCAUGCACAUUUAGGGCCCCCAAUUGCUGCUUCCUGCAUUGUGUGAUGGUGCUGAGACAACGGGCACCUAAAAUUUAAGACAAACAUUGGAAAGAACAGCAAAGCUCAGCCAUGAGGGACCGAUUGAGCAACAUGCAGGAAUUGUCGGGUAGCCAAAUGGAGUCGAUGGAAUACGCCGAGUCGGCUUUAUCGGACUCCCUUAGUAACGUGGACCUGGAGGACGAGCUGCCCCACGAGGCAGUGGUGUUCGACAACAGCCCCGCCGUGGAAAAGAUCUUCGAGCAGGCGGAGGCCAUCCACAAAGACGUCCAGCUCAUUCGCCUGGAGGUGAAACGGUUGCGGGAGCAGAACUCUCGCAUGCUUCAGGGCGUCACCACCAUGAGCACCAUCAAAAGAGAUGCAAACGCCAUCGGCGGCGAUAUAAAAACGCGAGCCGAGCGAGUGCUGUCCAACCUGCGGGACAUGGAAAACACGGCGCACAAGCUGGACGAGGUCCACGGCCCUAAUUCAGCCGUCACGCGCAUCGCCCGGACGCAGUACACCUGCCUGAGCAACGGCUUCCGCGACGCGAUGUUUGACUACAACGAGGCCGAAAUGAGCCACCGGGACAACUGUAAAGCCCAGAUCCAGAGGCAGAUGGAGAUCGUGGGUCGUGAGGUGACUGGCGAUGAGGUGGAGGAGAUGAUCGAGAAAGGCCACUGGAACAUCUUCACCGACAACAUUAUGGCGGAAGGCAAGACAGCUCGCGCUGCUCUCUCCCAGAUCGAGAAGCGCCAUCAAGAGCUGGUGGACCUGGAGAACCGCAUCAAGGGAGUCCACGAGAUCUUCCUGGACGUCGCCUUGCUGGUGGAGGAUCAAGGCUCCAUGCUCAACUCCAUCGAGACCAACGUGCAGAAAACGGAUGAGGUCAUGCAGGAAGCGCUUUUUAAACUCGGCAAGGCCAAACGUCAUGACAGAAACAACCCGUUUAAAAAGAUGUUUUGUAGUUGCUUCCCUUGCUAUGAGUAAAACCAGACGCGGAAGCCUGUUUGUCGCGUUUCGAGAAAUACUUCAAUGAUCAUGUCCCCAUAUUUCGCUGAACUAUUUCUGACAUCUUUCGCAAACCAGGAAUGAGAAGCGCAGAAACACAUAGUUUGAAUUUCCAAUACGUCCCUGUUGAAAAGCACGUACAGUAUCUCCAGAUUAUUUUUUGGUUCCAUUUUGUAUCAAAACACAAAAUUGAUCUUUCCAGAUGAAGCAUUUUCCUGUGCUCAGGACCACAAAAUGAUGUAUGCUUGACCCUUGUUAUGUAAAUAAUCUGUAAAAAAAAUCUAAUUGUUUAUAAUGUUCAUUCAAAUGUCUUUUAUGUCUAAGAUUUAUUAAAUUAUUGCUUUCUAAUGACCUCAAACUUUGUCUUCACACCAAUUUGCACAACACAAUUUUAAAAAAAUCCAAUGUUAAUUCCUUGUAUUUCUCUAUAGCAGUAACUGUAUCUGUUGUGUCGCCUCAAAAUUCUGUUCUCUGCAUUCAAACUGCAUAAAAACCUACAUUAAAAAGA